CUGUGUGAGGUUUUUUAUUUGUCCGCAGGCUUUUAAUAUAAGCAGGCAAGCCAGAGGAUGAAAGCUGGGCGUUACCAGGUGUGUGCAGGUUAUAACAUUGACUUUUCCCUCGUCUGUACACUUUCACUCUACUUCUCACCAUGGAGCUCAGAGUUACAGCCCUGCUGCUUGUCGUGUGUGCCAUCAUCUUUACCACCACUGAGGGAGGCAUCCCACAGUGCUGUGUGAGAGUUUCAAGCAACAUUCCCUGCAAAACUUUGCACAAAGUUGAGAAAUAUGAGGUACAGGAAGCAUCUGGCUCCUGUGACACUGUUGCCUUGAGACUGCAUAUGAAAAGCAAGAUAUACUGCGCAGAUCCUAGAUACGAUAAAGUCCUGAAUAUUCCCAAAAAGAGCCAGCGCAAGUGGGUCCGGGAUUGCAAAAAAAUGAUAAAAAAAUUAAUGCUGUGAAACACUUUCAUAUCCAAACAAUGACUCAGCAGCAGCAUGUAUUUUCUUUUUAAAGUAGUCUUUACAUAGGAUGCAUCAAAUGUGAUGUUUUGUACUGGACAACUUGUUCUUUACCAGUUGUGCUUGUUUCCUGAUUUUUAAUAAAAUAUACACGAUAUUACCCAUAA